GGCCCGGCUCAGCUUCGGGCGGGGCUCCCGAGGAAGGGCGGGCGGCGCGGGCCAUCGAGGGACCCCGGAGGCCGCGAGGCCCGGCGGGGAGGAGGCUCGGAGUCUGCGGGUCCCAGGCCCGGCCCGAGGUGGGAGGAGCCUCCCGCGGGCGGACCCGGCACCCCAACUUCCAACUUCUCAACGCGCGUCGGGAUUGGAAACGCGCGCCCGACGUCCCAAGGGCUCGCGCCCCGAAAGCGCAGCCCAGUCCCGGCCCCAGCCCUUCCCACCCGCGCUCGACCCGGUACCCGCUGCAGCAGGUGCUCAACGAGGCAUCAGAGGCCGCGAGAGACGUGACCUCCCCAAGGCUGCACGGAUAGGAAGCGGCGGACACCGAACUGCCAGGCGGGAGUGUUUUUCCGCUCCAGGUCGCUGCCAGGUGGAGGGACUCCAACCCCACCUGGAGUCGUUCAGGAGGACACGCGCGGGACUGGACAGGCCGGAAAGCCUCAUCUUCUGGUCAACAGCUGGCUGCAGAGACGUGUCUCUGGAUUGUCCGAAGCCCCUUCCAUCCCUGGUGUUCUGGUCUCGGCCCUGAUCUUCUGGGGCCAGGGGUGUGUGUGUCGGGCUGCUGGAGAGCCUGCCAUUUGGAACUGACCUCCUACAAAAGAGGAAGUGGAGGGGGCUGAGGCGCUGUGGAGUCGAUGGCCAGCAGAUGGCUGGGGCUCACGGGGUGCUGAGGCGGCUCUCUGUGCUCCUGAUGGUGGAGACGGUGUCGGGGGCCUGGGGCCCCUCCACGGGGACCCACACCAGCCCCCCAUUUCCGGGCUCAGCUGUGAACCAGACCCCCGUGGCAGAUUGUCAUCUCGUGAGUGGCCUGAACGCCUCCGAGCGCUGUGACUUCGUCAGGACCAACCCCGACUGCCGCAGCCCCGGGGGCUACCUGGACUACCUGGACGGCCUCUUCUGCCACUUCCCCCCUGGCCUGCUGCCUCUGGCCGUCACCCUCUACGCGUCCUGGCUGCUCUACCUGUUUCUGAUUCUGGGAGUCACUGCGUCCAAGUUCUUCUGCCCCAACCUGUGGGCCAUCUCCGCCACCCUCAAGCUGUCCCACAACGUGGCAGGCGUCACCUUCCUGGCCUUCGGGAACGGCGCCCCGGACAUCUUCAGCGCCCUGGUGGCUUUCUCGGACCCUCGCACGGCCGGCCUGGCCAUCGGGGCUCUGUUUGGCGCGGGCGUGCUGGUCACCACGGUGGUGGCCGGGGGCAUCGCCGUCCUGCACCCCUUCCUGGCUGCCUCCAGGCCCUUCCUCAGGGACAUCGCCUUCUACAUGGUGGCCGUGUUCCUGACCUUCACUGCGCUCUACCUGGGCAGGGUCACGCUGGCGUGGGCCCUGGGCUACCUGGGCUUGUACCUCUUCUACGUGGUCACCGUCGUCCUCUGCACCUGGAUCUACCGGUGGCAGCGGAGAAAAUCCCUGGUCUGCUCCCUGCCAGGGACACCAGAGCUGCUGUCUGACUCGGAGGAGGACCCCGUGUCCUCCGGCACCAACAGCUGUGACUUCGGCGACGAGUUCCGGCCGCUGCUGGACCAGGAGGAGAGCACAGCUCGCGCCCUGGCCCGCGCCCUGAACCCCCUGGACUGCAGGACCUGGAGAAGCAAGCCCGCGUCCUGGAGGGCCCUCAAGCUGUUCAAGCUGCCCGUGGAGUUCCUGCUGCUCCUCACUGUGCCCGUCGUGGACCCGGACAAGGAUGACCGGAACUGGAAGCGGCCCCUGAACUGCCUGCAGCUGGCCGUCAGCCCCCUGGUCCUGACCCUGACCCUGCAGUCCGGGGCCUCCCCUCUCUGUUCCUACGCCCCCUGGACGUGCGGGCGGAGAGCUAGACUCCAGGCAGGACCAGAAGGUCUGGAAGCGCGUGUUCCUUUGGGACCAGCGCUGCCUCCCUGCGGUGAAGGACGGGCAGUGUGCAGGAUUCUGGCGUGUUCUUCCCGCGGGAAGGGAGCCCCCUUUAGUGCUCUAACACGCGGGCUCCGGAACGUCCGCCGGCUGAUGGGAGGGCAGAGAUGGCGCCUACCAGAUAGGCGGCCUCGUGCCGGUCUGGGCCGUGGUGGUGAUCGCCGGCACAGCCACGGCUUCCGUCACCUUCUUCGCCACCACCAACGGGCGGCCCCCCAGGCUCCACUGGCGUGUGCUCUGAUCGCGCGCUGUCCCUGGGCAGCCGGGGUGCCUGCUUCGUCCCCCUCCAUCCUGCGAACAUGCCAGUCUGUGUCCGUCCACCGCUGCCGCGCGCAUGGGUCUCUUCCGCUUCCUGCCUGUCGUGAGAGCGAGGCCGUCAGCCUCGGGUGGGAGCUUCCGUGCGGACGCUCGCUUGCCUUUCCUCCGGCUCUUUGCUUUCCUGGGCUUCCUGACCAGCGCCCUGUGGAUCAACGUGGCUGCCACGGAGGUGGUGAACAUCCUGAGGUCCCUGGGUGUGGUCUUCCGGCUGAGCAACACGGUCCUGGGGCUCACGCUGCUGGCCUGGGGGAACAGCAUCGGAGACGCCUUCGCAGACUUCACGCUGGCCCGCCAGGGUUACCCGCGGAUGGCCUUCUCGGCCUGUUUCGGGGGCAUCAUCUUCAACAUGCUGGUGGGCGUGGGGCUGGGCUGCCUGCUGCAGAUCGCCCGGAGCCACGCCCCGGAGGUGGAGCUGGAGCCGGGCGGACUGCUGGUGUGGGUGCUGGCCAGCGCCCUGGGCCUCAGCCUGGUCCUCUCCCUGGUCUCGGUCCCCCUGCAGUGUUUCCAGCUCGGCAGAGUCUACGGCUUGGGCCUGCUGCUCUUCUACCUGAGCUUCCUGGUGGUGGCCUUGCUCACUGAGUUUGGAGUGAUUCACUUGAGCAGUACAUGACCAAAGCCGCCUUUGGUGUGAGGGUGGCACCCUGGGGCCCCCUGCAGCCUCCUGCUGGGACCGGAGUGGGCAGCUCCGCGGUGGCGCUUGCUGCCAGAGCAGACCAGCCGAGUCCCGUCGCUGGCCCUCUGGGGAACGGCUUUGCUGAGGCCUGAGCCAGGCAGAAGCUGGACCUCCUGUGUGACCCCAGCGGCCCCAUGAGAAAGAAGGGCCGGGCCCGGGCGGAGGAGGUGGCACCUCUUCUUCAGGGUCAAAGAACCAAUGGCUCAGGUGAGGGCUGGUGAGCCUGGCCAGCAAGGUGGCCCGUGGGUCGUGCCCGAGUCCAGCUUUCCAGCGCCCAGGUCAUGAACGCCAGAAGAACCAGGUGACCUCACCUAACACGGCGGCUGGGCCCAGAGGCUCCACCACCUGCCGGCCGCCAUGGAGGGCUCUAGACCUGGGAACCAGGGCUCCCGCUGCCCACCAGGACUCCCGCUCGGGGCCUGGGCCCUUCCCAGCGGAGUGGCCCGGGGCCUCCUCGCUGUGGCGGCGAACCUGCCUUUCCAGGGAGCGGCUUGUUUGCCUGCCGGCUUCCGCUGUUCGCGAAGAGACUCUGCUGUCCUUUUUUCAAAUUAAACAAGAAACCGCCCAGGGUUGAGAUUCCAGUGUUUCCUGAAGCAGCACGCGCAGGCGCACCUGUUCCUCCACGCGGCAGCUGGGACUGGUUGAUGCCCCGCUCCUUGGCAAGACGGCUGGGGCGAGGGGCGUCCGCAAGGGCCCGGAGGGACCUCUGCCCUCUCCCCUGCCCGCAGAAACCGGAAGUCACCAGGCAGCAGCCCGUUUACAAAGCAGAGGCUCUUUUAUUAAUAUGCCAGAAAUCCA